AUGGAGAACAGUACAGGGGUGACCGACUUCCUUCUCGCGGGGUUAACUGAUGACCCAGACCUGCAGAUCCCACUCUUCAUAAUCUGCUUUUUCAUCUACCUUAUCAGUCUGAUUGGAAAUCUGGGAAUUAUCGGGUUAGUUCUAUUGGACUCUCGUCUCCACACUCCCAUGUACUUUUUCCUCAGUAACCUCUCCCUGGUGGACUUUGGUUACUCCUCAACUAUCACUCCCAAAGUGAUGGCAGGGCUCCUCUUAAGAGACAAAAUCAUGUCCUACAAUUCUUGUGUUACUCAGUUCUUCUUUUUUGUAGCUUUCAUCACUGUCGAAAAUUUCCUCUUGGCCUCAAUGGCCUAUGACCGCUAUGCCGCAGUGUGCAAACCCCUGCAUUACACCACCACCAUGACAACAAGUGUGUGUGCUUGUCUGGCCAUAGGUUGCUAUGUCUGUGGUUUCCUGAAUGCCUCCAUCCACACGGGGAACAUUUUCAGGCUGUCCUUCUGUCAAUCCCAUGUAGUUGAUCACUUUUUCUGUGAUGCUCCUCCUGUGCUGGCUCUGUCAUGCUCAGAUACCUAUAUCACCGAGAUGGUGAUUUUUUUGGUUGUGGGUUUCAAUGAUCUUUUUUCCAUCCUGGUCAUCUGGGUCUCCUAUCUGUUCAUAUUUAUCACCAUCCUGAGGAUGCACUCCUCUGAAGGACGUCAGAAGGCCUUUUCCACCUGUGCUUCCCACCUCACUGCAGUCUCCAUCUUCUAUGGGACAGGCAUCUUCAUGUACUUACAGCCCAGUUCCAGCCACUCCAUGGGCACUGACAAAAUGGCGUCUGUGUUCUAUGCCAUAGUCAUUCCCAUGUUGAAUCCACUGAUCUAUACUCUGAGGAAUAAAGAAGUCAAGAAUGCCUUUAAAAAUGCUGUGGGGAAGGCAAAAUCUUCUCUAGGAUUCACAUUUUAA